CUCUCUCUCUCUCUCUACUCACGGGGAGGUGACACUUAAGGCCCAUGCAGAGCUCCCCAAUCAUAAGCCCUCCUUUCGAUCCUUCUUCAUCCUCAAAUCUCUACAUCUUCCUCUCUCUGCUCUGCAGCAGAACUCGGAGUCAGUGAUGCUUUCAGCCUCUCCAUGGCUUCGCCUCCGCGCCCUUCUCUGAAAGCGCUCGUCGUCUUCAAGAACUACUUGUACCCCGAAUUGAUCAGGGCGGUGCACGCUUACCGAUUGGAGAAUGGGGGGGAAAAACUAGUGGAGAGAGAGUAUGUGUUCCACGACGAUGGGGCUUAUGAGGAACUUGGAUCGUGCAAGGUGCUUACAUUGCGGAAAUUUCGGGUUAAUGCACAGUUUAGAGGGCGGGUGAAUGGGGUCUGGCUCUGCAUUUACGUGUUUGAUGCUGACCGCCAUUGCCCUCCUAAUUUAAAUGAUAUUCCUGCGUUGCUCUCGAUUUCCAGAAAUCCUAAGCUGGCUUCAGUACCAACACUGGCCAAUGACCUUCAAAUCAUUUUCCAGUUGAACCCCAUAAUGGAAGGCGGAGACCAACUGCAAAUUCCACCCAGGGAAGCUAGUGUCAACAAUGCAGGAGGGUCUCAGUUAAGGGGCCAGCAUCUCAUUUCUCUGGAUCUCAACUCUCUUCCUUAUCCAGAAUCAGAUGAUGAAGAAAGUAAAGAAGCAUCAGGCACUGUGCAGAAGAAGAAAAAAAGGGCCUCGACCGAAGAGAUUGGAAGACUUGCUUUAGCUGAUCUUUCCAAAUAUUUUGAUCUUCCCAUAGCAGAAGCUUCAAAAAAUUUGAAAGUUGGACUUACAGUACUCAAGAAAAAGUGCAGAGAAUUUGGAAUUCCUCGUUGGCCACAUAGGAAGAUCAAAUCCCUUGACAGCCUGAUUCAUGAUCUGCAGGCAGAAGUAGAGCAGCAACAGCAGGAGGAUGAAGAUGCAGCCAUGGCAGCAGCAAAGAGGCAAAGAAUGCUGGAAGAUGAGAAACAAAGCAUUGAGAAGAAGCCCUUCAUGGAGAUUCAAUGGGAGACCAAGAAAUUCAGGCAGGAUAUAUUCAAGAAAAGGCACAAAAUUAGGGCUCGUGAGGUUCAGAAUCUCCCUGAAAUACAGCUCCUCUAGGUAUUAACAUCUCAAGAACUAGUAACUUUUCUUUUCUUUUCCUUUCCUUUCCUUUCUCUCUGUCUUUUCCUUUUGUCAUAGGGUAGGCCUUGUAUAAUAUGGGAGGUAAAUUAUGUCAUUAGUCCCUGAAAUUUGCACUUUAUUACUAAUGGGUUAAUCUCCUCUAAUUUUUGUUAAAACUCAGUCACUCUCUUUUAAUUUUUUGUCAAAUU